AUCUUUUCCUGAUAGCGGGUUAACAAGCGCACCUUCCAGCAAAACCACAAGAUGUUCCACGCUGGCUCGUCGUCUCAAAAGAGCAGAAGCAGUGCCUCAAGUUUCGAGGCCAUCUACAACAAGAACAAAUUCCUUGGCACUGAAAAUGCUCCUGCCUUUGCUGUCAUCCUGCAAGCUGUGAGGACCGAUGGCAAGCUCCAGGGAUACCAAAUCACUGGCUACGCAGACAAGACUAAUGCUCGACUUCAGCUAAUCCUGGCUGCCCUGGCUGCUGAUAACAACUGGAGGCUCUGUGCUGAUGGCGUUUUGCUCAGCAAGCACAAAGCCACUGCCAAAAUAGCUUGGGGACAGGCAUGCAAACAGUAUGACUUGACAGUCACCGCUGAGACUGGUCUACUUGGUCCAAGUCCAGCAGCUCGCCUCAGAAUGACAUGGAAUCAACUGCCGGUUGUCUUCAAACGCUACGCAAAGAAGGCGUAUGACUACAUUCCUGCUUACGUAUUGGAAAGCUUCAUCCGAAGCAGGGACAACAACAGUGUGGAUCAGUUGUCAUUCACAGUGGCCGCAACAUCUGAAAGGACCUUGGAUUUGAUUUUCAAGACGCCAACACGCAGCAUCUAUAAACUGGCUUUGCGUCUCCCCCUUGCUUUGCCCUUGGAUGAGAUAACAGGACUCACGCCUUUUGAUGACCUGGCUGAUAAAGUCCGUUACUUGAUCUCCAAGGCCGCAGCAGCCGAAUGUAGUUCCAUUCGAGACACCGUGACCACGUUCAACAACAGGAAGUACAAAAACGAGAUGCCUCAGUAUUGCUACCAAAUUCUGGCUCAGGACUGCAGCGAGGAAAUGAAGUUCAUGGUCUUGUUGAGGAAGGAUGAUAACGUGCACAACCAUAUUAACGUUAAAAUCGCUGACAUUGAUAUCGACCUGUACUUGAGGGACACUAAUGUGGUUGUGAAGGUUAAUGGAAGGGAGGUGCCUACCAGUCAUCUGCCAUAUCAGCACCCAACAGCUAAAAUUGAGAUCAGACCAAACAAAGAUGGCAUCUCUGUCUACGCCCCGAGCCUGGGACUCCACGAAGUCUACUUUGACAAAAAUUCUUGGAAGAUCAAAGUGGCGGACUGGAUUAAGGGACAGACUUGUGGACUCUGCGGAAAGGCCGAUGGUGAGAUAAGACAGGAAUACCGCACUUCCAACGGACGCGUGACGAAGAACGCCGUCAGCUUUGCUCAUUCCUGGGUUCUGCCGGCUGAAAACUGCCGGGACACCACAGGUAACAUGAAAGACUUGACAAGGACAGAAUUUGGCCUGAAUUCAAAAUAAAUCCCCUAAAAAUAGAAGCGACAAGUGCAAGA